GUUGUGGUGGCGGUGUUUGUUGUUUGCCUGUUGGGGUCAUUGGAGAUCGCGCCCCGUCACGAGCCUUUCUUAUUUCUCUCCCUUCCCUCCCUAUCUUUUUCUUAUUGUUAUUGUUGUUAUUAUUAUUAUUAUUAUUAUUUUCUUACCAACUCUCUCUCUCGCUGCCUCUGCAACUGCAACUCUCAGAGCGUAGUGAAAAUCCAAGCACAGCUCGUCCAAUCUCCAAUGCCCAGAUUCAUCGUCUUCUUCAACCAUUGAAUCCCUCCUUCCUCCGUUGGUUUCCGACUCCCCCAGCCCCCAGGAACUCCCACUUCUUCCAAUACCCAUAUCCAAAAUCGUGCCUGCUGAUUCAACUAUGAAGCGCGACCGCCGCAACCCACUUCCUCCGCCGCACCAGGGCAAUUUCUGCGGCGGCGCUAUUGGCAGUUCAUCCGGCGGAGGCUACUCCGUGACCUCCUCCAGUGCCAAAGGCAAGAUUUGGGAUGAGACCGAACAGGACGCCGGAGAUGAUGAGCUACUGGCCGUGUUGGGUUACAAGGUGAAGGCCACCGACAUGGCCGAAGUUGCCCAGAAGCUCGAACAGCUCGAAGAAGUGAUGGGCCAUGCUCAGGAAGAUGGGCUAUCUCACCUCGCUUCCGACACAGUACACUACAACCCAUCUGAUCUAUUUUCGUGGCUCGAAUCCAUGAUCUCCGAGCUCAAGCCUCUUCCCAAUUUCGACGCUUCUUCCUCCUCCUCCCUUCCGCCGAUUGACGAUCCCUUUCUCGCUCCGGCUGAAUCCUCCAGGUCCAGGGGGGCCACAUUCCAACAAGAUCGUCGAGUAUUCGACGAGUCUUCAUCGGAUUACGAUCUGAAAGCUAUUCCAGGGAAAGCCUGCAUCUAUCCCCAAACUCAGCCUCCCCCCAGCAAACGCCUCAAACCCUCGUCCCAAUCGUCUUCCUCAACUGCCGCGUCCCCGCAAGUUGACAUUUGGAGCCUUCCGAACGAUUCUGCUCCGACGGGUUCGGGUUCCGUUGAGCCAACUCGUCCUGUGGUCCUGGUCGACUCUCAGGAGAACGGCAUCAGACUGGUGCACGCGCUCAUGGCCUGCGCCGAGGCCGUCCAACAAGACAAUCUGAAGCUCGCCGAUGCUCUAGUCAAGAAAAUCGGCUUCCUCGCCGUGUCCCAGGCCGGAGCGAUGCGAAAGGUCGCCACCUACUUCGCUGAGGCUCUCGCCCGCCGAAUCUAUCGAUUGUACCCGGAGAAUCCCCAGGACUCGGCCUUCUCCGACCUGCUCCAAAUGCAUUUCUACGAGAGCUGUCCCUACCUGAAAUUCGCUCACUUCACGGCAAAUCAAGCCAUCCUUGAGGCUUUUGCGAGCAAGAGGCACGUUCACGUUAUCGAUUUCAGCAUGAAACAGGGGAUGCAGUGGCCGGCACUGAUGCAGGCGCUGGCCCUCCGGCCCGGCGGCCCGCCUACUUUCCGGUUAACGGGAAUUGGGCCGCCGUCGCACGACAACACGGACCAUUUGCAAGAAGUUGGGUGGAAACUGGCUCAGUUGGCGGAGUCGAUCCACGUGAAGUUCGAGUACAGAGGAUUUGUGGCCAACAGCCUGGCGGAUCUGGAUGCGUCAAUGCUGGAUCUUCGAGAGGGAGAGGCGGUGGCGGUGAAUUCGGUGUUCGAGUUGCAUCGAUUGUUGGGUCGUACUGGGGCGAUGGAGAAGGUGUUAUUGGCGGUGAAGGAGAUGAAGCCGGAAAUAUUGACGGUGGUGGAGCAGGAGGCCAACCACAACGGAGGGGUGUUCUUGGAGCGAUUCACGGAAUCGCUGCAUUACUAUUCGACGAUGUUCGACUCGUUAGAGGGGGGCGGCGGGGGGGUAACGAACCAGGAUAAGGUGAUGUCGGAGAUAUACUUGGGGCGGCAGAUAUGCAACGUGGUGGCAUGCGAGGGGGCGGAGCGGGUGGAGCGCCAUGAGAGCCUGGGGCAGUGGCGAGGACGGUUGGGGGCGGCGGGGUUCGAAGCGGUUCACCUGGGCUCCAACGCUUUCAAUCAGGCGAGCAUGCUGCUGGCGCUGUUCAACGGCGGGGAGGGCUACCGGGUGGAAGAGAACGGGGGGUGCCUCAUGCUGGGCUGGCAUACACGCCCCCUCAUCGCUACCUCGGCCUGGAGACCGAGCAGCAGCCAGAUCCAGACCCACCAGAGGUGAUGAGCAAGCCCAACCCAUUAGCAGCAGCCGCCCACCUCCGCCAAACAAACCUGGUGCCAGUGGAAGAAUUGCAACGUGCAGUGCAGCUGAGUUGUGGUGGAUUUAGUGAGAGUGAGACCCUACCAUUUUGCAAAGUGGCUUCUUCACUCUUGCUGCUUUUUUUUUUUUUUUUUUCUUCUUCCUCACUUCCCCCACCUUUUAUUUACCGCCCACCCCUUUGUUUAGGUAAAAAAAUUCCUAUUAUGGUUUUGUUUAUCUUGUUUUUUUUUUUUUUAUGGUUUUGAUUGGGAUGGAACGUUGUAAUUGGUUUUUUUUGAGGUUGAAUCGAUCUGACAUGGUCGAUGUGUAUUUUGCUAUAUGUAGCUGUUGCCUUGUUGGAGAGAGAGAGAGAGAGAGAGAGAGAGAGAGAGAGAGAGAUUGAUUGUACCUCUAGGCAUAGGGGGAGGACGACGAUGACUAGACUUUUUGGGAGAAUUUGAAGAAGCAGUGAAUUUUUUUUUUUUCGUGGGUUUUUGUUAUUGUAUGAAAAAUAGUGGAAAUUGAUAUGA